AAUUCUGCCAAAACCAAAAACCAACCAAACAAACAAACAAAAAAGCCUGAGAAGAUUUGAGGAGACCUGGGUUUGGGGCUCAGUGACAGUCACCAGCAAGAAGCCGACUGAAGGUUGCCCGCUGCCUGUUGCGCCUCACCUUCAGGCAGCAACCGGCCACUGGCUGGAAACAACACUGCAUCUGCCAGCAUCCAGUCAAGUCAUUGACUCAAGAACAUCAGAGCAUCAUUGCUGGGGACCAGUUAUGUCAAACCCAGUGGGCAGCGUACCAGAAACCACAUCGUAUGGGUCUCGGAUUGGGAUGACAGAGGACUCCCUCUCCAUCCUGGAGCAAAGCAGAGGCUGCGAAGACCCCUGGGAGAUGGGGGAAACCAAACCAAAUGUGGAAGCCCUGGAGCGGGGCAUGCCAGGCGUCUACCUCUCCUGCUUUGACAUGCUCCUCACAGAAGAUGCUACUUGGCUGGUGAAAGUUUCAGAGGCCUCUUCAGCACUGGCUUUACCCAUGAACCGCGUAGAACCCCGGGAGGAACCGGAGCAGUGCCCGGUCAUUGAUAGCCAGGAACAGGGGAUCUCUCCUGGCCUGGAGGGGCAGGAGGAGGAGCGAUCCCUGGAGCAGGUGCAGAGCAUGGUUGUGGGAGAAGUACUGAAGGACAUUGAAACAGCCUGCAAACUGCUCAACAUCACCCCAGAUCCGAUAGAGUGGAACACUGGGAAUGUCCAGAAGUGGCUGCUCUGGACUGAACAUCUCUACAGAUUGCCCCAUGCGGGAAAGGCCUUCCAGGAGCUGACGGGAAAGGAUCUGUGCGCCAUGAGCGAGGAGGAGUUUCACCAGCGUUCCCCGCAGUGUGGAGACACGCUGCACGCACACCUGGACAUAUGGAAGUCAGCUGCAUGGAUGAAAGAGCGGUUUUCCAUUGGAGACACUAAAACUACAGGCAGUGAGGAGCUUUGGUCUGAGGCAGAUUCAUCUUGCUCAGGUCAACCUAUUCAUCUGUGGCAGUUUCUCAGAGAGCUCCUGCUCAAACCCCACAACUAUGGACGUUGCAUUCGCUGGCUCAAUAAAGAAAAGGGUAUUUUCAAAAUCGAAGACUCUGCUCACGUGGCGAGACUGUGGGGACAACGAAAGAAUCGACCUGCAAUGAACUACGACAAGCUGAGCCGUUCCAUACGUCAGUACUACAAGAAAGGCAUCAUCCGCAAGCCCGACGUGUCUCAGAGACUGGUCUACCAGUUUGUUCACCCAGUAUGAGACUGCAAGCAAAGUGGGAGGAGAAGACAGAGGAUGAUGAGAUGGGAACUCGGAAAAUUACAAAGACAAAUUGUGUCACCAUGCACCUGAACACCUAAUUCCUGAGACGAAAAGGUGACAUGGAACAUGUGCACUGAAUUACCCCGAUGGUACACACCUGACUGCCAACACUGAAGUAACAGCUGGCAGCUGCUGCAGUCUUAUCUGUGCAAAGCCAGCCAGGAAGAGACAAAAACAGUGUAGCUGUUGAGGCUUUUUCCUGCUGCAAAAUUAAAAAGAGAACAGAAUAAAAAAACAAAGACAAAGCAAAACAGAAAAACAGUACAUGAACUGCCUUAUUAUUUGCAUGAUCUGCCUGUUUAUGUUUCCCUAUUGUGAUUUCCAAAUAUCUUGAGCUCAAAUCAAAGCAUUCCAACUGAUGGCUCUUCGGUAAAAGCGUCUACAGCUGCACUGGCUUUGUCUGAACAGGAAACUCUUCUUAUCUCAUCUUGAAGCACCUGAGAAAUGGACUUCCUCUUUUUAGGAAUUGCCUCAAAUCCUGCUGUGGAAGUGUAAUAGGGACCCUUGUAUAUAUGUUUGUUUUCUAAUGUAUAACUUCUGAAGUGUGAUGCAUUCCUCUUUGAAUACCUUUAUAUAGUUUACCCUGCCUGGUCCAUUUACACAGCCGUAUACUGCAAUUAAUGCUGUGAGUCUUUGAAACCCAAAGUUUUCAAAAUUUAAUAAACCAAAAAGACUUGAAAUGAAUAAUCAUAUACAAAUGGAGACAAAAUAUGCAA